AUGACUAUUGCAAACAAUAUCAAAAUAACUCUUCCCCAAGCUGAUAAUGCUAAGGAAUAUUUGAAAAAUAUUAAAGAACGUUUCUGUACUGCAGAUAAGUCUCUUGCAGGGAAAUUAAUGGCUGACCUCACUACUAUGCAUUUUGAUGGUACUCGUAGUAUGCAUGAGCAUGUUCUUGACAUGACUAAUCAUGUUGCGAAAUUGAAAACUUUAGGGAUGAAUGUGGAUGAGACUUUUCUCGUUCAAUUUAUUCUCAAUUCCUUACCUACUCAGUAUGGGCCAUUUCAAAUUCACUAUAACACUAUUAAGGACAAAUGGAAUGUGAAUGAAUUGGCUAGUAUGUUAGUUCAGGAUGAAGGAAGGUUUAAGCAACAAGAUAAUCAUAAUGUUCAUCUCAUGACUCAAGAAGGAAAGAAAUUUGGGAAAAGGCCUGGAAAAGGCAUUAAGCGAGCAACACCCCAAAAAAAGGAUUCUGAUCAAGCUACUCAAAAGAAGGAACUUGUUGAACUGCAUAGCAACGAAGAACAAUUAAAUGAUCAACAACUCGAUAAUGAAACUAUCACCAAUGAAGUUAUAGAAGAACCACAAGGAAUAACAUUAAGACGGUCUCAAAGAGAAAAAAAGGCUGCUAUUCCGAAUGAUUAUGUGGUAUAUCUACAUGAAUCUAAUUUUGAUAUAGCGAUAUGUAAGGAUCCGGUUACAUAUUCACAAGCCAUUAACAGUACUAAUUCUAUUAAUUGGAUUAAUGCCAUGAAUGAGGAGUUGAAGUCAAUGGAACAAAAUAAAGUUUGGGAACUCAUUGAAUUGCCUGAAGGAUUUAAACAAGUCGGGUGUAAAUGGAUCUUUAAGACCAAACACGACUCUAAUGGCAAUAUUGAAUGA